GGACGACCAGGAGCAAGUUUGGUUUUACCUAUUAAUGUGUUAACACGGUCAGAUUAUUUCAUUUAAUAUAUUCUUUUCACUAAAAGUAACUGUUUAAAAUGGAGGAGGAAACGCAGCAGACUCGUUCAAAACGGAUUUUUGUGAACGACGUUGACGAAUAUUCCUCCCGUAACAUCGCCCAGCCAGUUAAAAUCUGCCUGCUUGGUCCUCCAGCUGUUGGGAAAUCCACUGUUGCUAAAAAGCUCUGCCAGCAUUACAAAAUACACCACAUCAGCAUCAAAGAGAUGAUUGAGGAGAAGAUUUCCCAACUGAAUGAGAUGAUGAGUGAAACCGACUCAGAAUACGUCAGUGAAGAGGCAAAAGCUGCUGCACAGGACCAACUGGAAAAAAUGAACACCAGCAUGGACAUGAAUCAAGGCCGAUUGGCUGAACAUGAAGUUGUUGACAUAUUGCGAGAAAAACUGAACUCAAAGUCAUGUAGGAACCAAGGAUUUGUUCUUGAAGACUUCCCAAAGACUUAUAAACAAGCAAGGACUUGUUUCUCAGAAGACACUGACACAGAAGAACAGAGUUUGGAUUUGAUGUUUGAAAGAUCAGAAUACAACAAGACCAUAACUCCAGAGCAUGUUUUUGUCCUGGAUGCAUCUGAUGACUUCCUGAUAAAGCGCAUACAGGGACUUCCGGAGAGCGUAGCUGAGAAAAUGGGCUACACCCAGGAUGAAUUCAUGGCUCGUCUGAACAAAUACAGACACCUCAAGGCUGGAACCAUGUUGGACUUCUUUGAUCACCAGGAGAUUUACACGGAACAUAUUGAGGUCAGUGCAGAUGAUCCAGAGUACACAGAUGUUCUAAAGAAGAUCACAGAGGUCGUGGGCCCGACUCCAGAAGAGCAGGAAGAGGAGAACCGAAAGAGAGAAGAGGAGAACGGAAAGAGAGAAGACGAGAGGAGGCAGAAACUGGCUGCAGAAGCUGUAGAGAGAAAACGCAGGCAAGAAGAUGAGCUGGCUGAGAGUGCCGCACAGUAUGACGAAUGGCAGAAAAAUCUGCAGGUGGUGAAGCAAGAGGAAUGUGAGCUUCAGGAGGCUCAGUCUUAUGAUCUGAGGAGCUACCUGAUGAAGUAUGUGAUGUCCGAUCUCUCUGAGGCCAUGGCAGAAUGCUGCAAGAUCAAACCAGAGGACCCCGUUGACUUUUUGGCUGAAUAUAUUUUACGGACCAACCAAGAAGAAGAAUGAACCAUAACGGAGCAUGUGAUUCAACCCACUAACUGUGUUUAAGAUUAUAUGAGAACAUGCUGUGAUGAAAAAGACGUUUUAUUUAGCAAUAAUUUAAGCAACUUUUGUUUUAUCGAGUCAAGGCAGACAUUUGUUUAAUAUUCAAAUUAGUAAUCCAGUCAUCAGAUGUAAAUGUUACAUCAUUCACGGAUGGCCACAAGAAACCUCUGUAUGCAGAAAUGAUCAUUUGUUUUUUAGAAAUUUAAAGUGACCUUGAGUAUUAAAAAACACAUAGAAAAAUUCUGCUGAAAAAAAAGAAAAAAAAAGAAAACUCUGUGCACAAUGUGUACAUUUUUAUUAAAUUUCCUGUUAUCUGUGA